AUGCAAAUUUUUGUCAAAACAUUAACUGGAAAAACUAUAACCCUUGACGUCGAGCCAUCUGAUACCAUUGAGAAUGUUAAGGCAAAAAUUCAAGAUAAAGAAGGAAUUCCACCUGACCAACAAAGAUUAAUAUUUGCUGGAAAACAAUUAGAAGAUGGAAGAACAUUAUCAGACUACAACAUUCAAAAGGAAUCUACAUUACACUUAGUAUUAAGACUAAGAGGUGGUAUGCAAAUUUUUGUUAAAACAUUAACAGGAAAAACUAUAACCCUUGACGUUGAGCCAUCUGACACUAUUGAGAAUGUUAAGGCAAAAAUUCAAGAUAAAGAAGGAAUUCCACCUGACCAACAAAGAUUAAUAUUUGCAGGAAAACAAUUAGAGGACGGAAGAACUCUAUCAGAUUACAAUAUUCAAAAAGAAUCCACCUUACACUUAGUGUUAAGAUUGAGAGGUGGUAUGCAAAUUUUUGUGAAAACAUUAACAGGAAAAACCAUUACUCUCGAUGUUGAACCAUCUGACACCAUUGAGAAUGUUAAGGCAAAAAUUCAAGAUAAAGAAGGAAUUCCACCUGACCAACAAAGAUUAAUAUUUGCAGGAAAACAAUUAGAGGACGGAAGAACUCUAUCAGAUUACAAUAUACAAAAAGAAUCCACCCUACACUUAGUGUUAAGACUAAGAGGUGGUAUGCAAAUUUUUGUUAAAACAUUAACAGGAAAAACUAUAACCCUUGACGUUGAGCCAUCUGACACCAUUGAGAAUGUUAAGGCAAAAAUUCAAGAUAAAGAAGGAAUUCCACCUGACCAACAAAGAUUAAUAUUUGCCGGAAAACAAUUAGAAGAUGGAAGAACUCUAUCAGAUUACAACAUUCAAAAGGAAUCUACAUUACACUUAGUAUUAAGAUUAAGAGGUGGUAUGCAAAUUUUUGUUAAAACAUUAACAGGAAAAACUAUAACCCUUGACGUCGAGCCAUCUGACACCAUUGAGAAUGUUAAGGCAAAAAUUCAAGAUAAAGAAGGUAUUCCACCUGACCAACAAAGAUUAAUAUUUGCCGGAAAACAAUUAGAGGACGGAAGAACUCUAUCAGAUUACAAUAUUCAAAAAGAAUCCACCUUACACUUAGUGUUAAGAUUAAGAGGUGGUUUUUAA